CUGGUGUUAUUUGAAAGGACAUCUUGGGAAAAGCAGAUACACAUUCGUUUUGAAUAGGAGAAUGAACACCUUCAUCUGCAAGCUUGUGCCUGUGCAGCACUUCAAACAGGUUUGACAUAUGUAAGGGUGUCCAGAUCUAGCAGCACUUUGGAAAAUCAAGUUCUGCUUUUGUUAGUGUUUAUAAUCCUUGGAAGAGAUGGUGAUGGUUGCUUUUCUACUAUUGGUCAUCUUGGCUCGAGGCAUUGCUGCUUCUUGCAAUCCAACUAAAGCAGAUGCCAUUUUGGUGUAUUGUUAUCCUAAAACCAUAAUUACUAAAAUCCCUGAAUGUCCUUAUGGAUGGGAAGUUAAUCAGCUGGCUCUUGGUGGGGUUUGCUACAAUGGGGUCCAUGAUUCAGGAUAUUACCAGUUUACAAUCCCAGAUUUGUCACCCAAAAAUAAGUCAUACUGUGGAACCCAAUCAGAUUUUAAAAGUUCCAUCUAUCAUUUCUAUAACUCCAUCACCUCCAAUGACAGCUCAGUGAUUGUGAAGAGUCAGCCUGUGAACUAUUCGUUUACAUGCACAUACCAUGCAAACUAUUUGGUGAAUCAUGCUGCCUUUGACCAAAGUCAUAUGAUUUUUUCUGCCUCUUUUAGAGUGGCAACAGUUCACGUGAAGAAUGGCAGCUCCGGUUCAUUUGAAAGCCAAUUGUCCCUCAACUUCUAUACUAAUGCCAAGUUUACAACUAAGAAGGAAGCCCCUUUUGUAGUUGAAACUGCAGACAUUGGAUCAGAUAUAUUUGCUGGAGUAGAAGCAAAAGGCUUAAGUGCCAGGUUUAAAGUAGUCUUGACCAACUGUUGGGCUACCCCUUCAUCAGAGUAUUUCUAUCAAAUCCAGUGGCCUCUGAUAACGAAGGGGUGUGCAACAGAUAGCUCCAUUAUAGUACAUGAAAAUGGGAAAGACAGCCGAGCUACCUUCCAGUUUAAUGCAUUCCGGUUUCGAAAUGUUCCCAAGCUUUCCAAGGUGUGGCUGCAUUGUGAGACACAUGUGUGUGACAGCGAGAAGUUCUCUUGCCCUGUGACAUGUUCAAAACGAAGACAACGUAUGGAGCCAACUGGAGGUGUUUUAAUGGCUGAGCUCACUGUGAACAGUAGAGGUUUAUCCAGAAAUUACAACUUUUCAGCUAUUCUUUGCCAUUUAUUCCUCAUGCUUGGAGGUUGUGCAGUUUUACUAUAAUACUCAGUUCAACAUGUCAGCCGCUGAUACAUCACCCUCUUGGUACCCUACUGUUACAGAAAUUCUUACUUUACCCAUUGUGUUGUUUUACAAGAAAAUUAAAUAACACCUGUCUGUUUUGUUUCUACAACAUUUGAUAAUUACAAU